AGUAAUAAAAACGGAUGAUUCUUCUGAUGAUUGGCAAAUAUGUGUCCACUAAGAGAGUGAAAGUUGCUUGGAUGUCUAAAACCUAAAGCACUUGAACACUUUCAUCUGGUGACCUUUCUCCUUUUUCUGCUGCUUGUGUGGACCGAGAGUGAUUUCGCUUUCGCUGUCGACUCACAUAUUGUACCAAGCUGCCUAUUCGUGUGUGCAGUCUGCAAAAGCGUUUAUGUAUAAAAUAAAAUGUCUACAUCACUGGAGCGUUGGAAAGCAGGUUUCAUUUUGAACGAGUACCCCUUGAUGGAGCUUUGAAAAUAAUUUGAACUUUACUCACCAGGGAUUGGAGUCAAAUAAAUGAUGGUAGCAACUACGGAUCCAAGUCCCACAAAAAUUGCAAAUCUAAAGAGCAUUUUCACAUAAAUAUAAUAAUACUUGGUUAUAAAAAUAGCAAAGUAUCUAGUUAUCACUAAGACAUUAAAAAAAUAAGUUAUUUCUAUUUAUAUUUCAACACAAAAUGGCUAUGAAAACACUUAACCCAGUGAGAAUCGCGAUACCGUAAGUUUAUAAAGAGUUAAAGGAGUGACCAGUAUCGUAGUCACUAGUAUACUAGCAACAUGUUGGCAAGUUCAUUGCCAGGGAGAGAGUUGAUUCCUUCUUGAUUCGAGAAGAAAAAAGGUAAACGUGUAUGAAAGAGAUCCGCAUUAAAUCUUGGAUCAUCAUGCGAAACGAACAUUCACUUGAAACGUACUAAUAGUCUUAUUUGACGCAAUAGAAACAUCCAUUUAUAGAUUUUUUAUUGGAAAUAUGUUUUCUUCUGUGGUAAUAGAGAUGAAGAAAACAUUACCAGUCGUUUUAUUACGUGUAGUAAUGUUUUUCGCACAUUUUCUUAUUCAUUUCCGUUUCAUAGAUAAUUCGAAGCCGUUACAAUUCAAACAGUUUCAAAAAGUGGCCGAUAGGGGGCAACAGCUUCUGGCCGAUUUGUGCGUUUAUUACCAAAUUUUUGUUGAAAAAUUUUAUUUUAUGCAAGUUCUAGAAUUAAUUACUUUUUUUAUUAAUUCUUAUUAUUCUUCAAUUGCGUACAACAAAGUUUUAGUAAAGGAUAUAAUAAAUACAUUUGUUGAUUAAGAAUUUAUUGUUUACAAUAUCACAUAUUCUAUCGCUUAAAAAAUUAAUUCAUUCAAAUUGGCUUUUUUUUGAAAGACUUGGAUAAAUGCAGUGAUAAAUUAUGUAAAAAGUGAUGAAUUAUUAAUGCAUCAAGUGCUAAUUUCGUCACAUUUUUAAUUCAAAUUUAGUAAAUAUGUGUUGUCUAGAGGGCAACAAAGUAAAAUUCUUGAGACACAUGGAGGUUAUUGUUUUAUACUGUAAAUAAUAAAUAUGAUCGAGACACUACUGAUUCAUUUGAAGACAGUGAUUUUAAAGGUUGAAUAAUUUUAAAUAAAAUUUAUUAUCUAAUAGACAUCAAAUUAUGUAAAUUAUAAAUUUUAACAAAUUAUUUUAUUGUAUAAAAAAAGAAUCAUUAUUGAUCAAUUGCGAUUUAAAAUGCCUCCAAUAAAGAAAAUGAAAAGUGAUAGCGGUUGGGCUGAUUUAACUGCUUAUUUUACAAAAGAUAAUGACAAUUCAACUUACAAAAAUAAUAUGAAACAAUCAAGCACUUCAAGUACCUCUACUAAAAGUAUCAGCAUCAAGCAUGAUAUUUAUAAUAUGUCUAAUAAUUUCAAUAGAAAAAAAAAUCAAAUCAAUAGUAUAGCAACACUACUAGAGGCUUGUGACCCUAAGAAGUCAUCAGAACUAGCUGUCAGUAAGCAAAAACAAAAUGAAAUUACAAAUUGGCUAGUUAAUAAAACUAUGGAGGGAGUGCCAGCUAUUCUCGUUCUGACAGGACCAUCAGGCUCUGGAAAAACAGUGGCUUUGAAAGUUCUAGCCAAAGAAAAUAAGUUUGAUGUGAUAGAAUGGAUUACUCCUAGUGAUUCAGGAAUAGCUGGAGAAAAUUAUAUGUCUACAAGACAAGCAGACAAAUUUUUUGAGUUUCUUAUUCGCACCACAAGAUAUAAUUCUGUUUUACAAACUUGCGGUCAACUUUCUAGGCGGUUACUACUGAUCAAAGACAUUCCAAAUGUAUUCUUUUAUGAUAAAGAAAGUUUUUACGAACUAUUAACAAAGUACUUUGAACUAGGAAAAGAACCUUUAGUUUUUGUUUGUCCUGAUUCAGAAGCAAGUAGAGUCUACCAAACUUUAUUUCCGGCUGAAAUUAUACAAAGGUUUGAUAUUGAUACAAUAAAUGUAAAAGAAACAACUGCAAAUGCUAUGAAGAAUAUGUUAAAACGUGUAGCUACUAUAUUAAAUUCCAAAGGAAAUCAAAUAUUAGAAAUAACUCAAGACCAUAUCGAUGAAGUAUUGUCUAACACUGUUGGAGAUGUUCGAAGUACAAUUUUGAAUAUAAUCUUUGCUUCUCUAAAAGUUCCUAAUAGUAUAUCUAAAAGCAAUUGCGAAGUUCGUGAAGAAAGUUUAGGUUUAUUACACGGAAUAGGUAGAGUUAUCAAUCCUAAACGAGUACCUGAUGGUGACUCGUGGAAAUUUGUUUAUAAUCCUGACGAUAUUGCAUCACAUUUUCCAUCCCAAGCCACUACUUUUCUUCGAUUUUUACAUGAAAAUUAUCUGAACACUAUGUCAAAUAUUGAUCAUGUCGCAACUUCUGCUAAUAUUUUGAGUUUAAGUGAUGUUAUUGCAAGAGAAUGGCAAGAUUUGAAUUUAAUAAAACUGAAUUUAUCAUUGUGUAUAAGAGGAAUAAUGGUUCCAAAUGAUUCUCCUGUGCAAAAAUGGAACCCAGUUCGAAAGCCUAGAUCUGAAGAAUCUAAACUUCAAAGAGAUCUAGGAUUAGCUGAAGAAAGAUUUUAUAAAACAAUCAUUCGACCGAAAACUACAGAAAAUAUACCCGUUUUAGAAUUUCCAAUUGAAGCUGUUGAUGAUUAAGUAUUUUUAAAAAAAUAAGUUAUAAAAAUUAUUUGUAUAGAAUCAAAUUUUUCACAACUCAUUUUUUAUCUUCAUAUAAAAUUCAUUAAAAUAAAAAAAAAAUAGAAAUCA